UACUCUCUACAUCUCUUCUCUAUUUCAUAUUUUAUUUAUAUAUUGGGCUCCACUAUAACAAAAAAUAUAAAAAGAUGGAGGUGAAUUGGAGGGUAGGAUUUUUUUAUUGUGAAAAAAUAGAAAAAAGGCCCUCAAUAACCAUAUUUUUGGUGUUAAUGCCCAUAAUAACCGAAUUUGAUAAAAUGGCCCAUAAUAACCAUUAGAGACGCAGACUAAGUAGCGUUUAUGUUUAAUAGUAAGACGCUACGUCGUGUAGCGUUUUACUCUUUUUUAAUAAAGAAGAAAACGCUACACGCUGUAGCGUUUUCCCUUUAUAUAUAUACUGCCCUUUAACCUCAACGGCUAACCAUCGAGUGUAGUGUUUAUACAGAGGUGAAGCAGAGGUGAAGCAGCUGAUAUAUACCAUCGAGUGAGGCGAGAUUAUUCAACGAGUUGAAGCAACUACCCAUGGAUUUCAGUGCUAUUGUUAGAGACCAGGGACCUCGUGAUCCUAGCCUUCUUCACCUACAGGCCACUCAUAGGUCUCGUUCUGUCUGGAGAACCGGUGCUGCGCCCUCGCAGUAUUUCAGGCGUCGUGAUGCCAACCAGUCUGAUUUGAACAUUGAUGUUCGAUUGAUCCCCAUUCUGCAGGCAGCCGGUUUUUAUGGUGUAGCUCGGGUAUCCACUCUUCAGCUUGAUUGGAGUUUGCUUGGUGCUCUGGUAGAGAGAUGGCGACCAGAGACACAUUCAUUCCACCUGCCGAUGGGAGAGUGUACUAUUACACUGCAGGAUGUUGGUGUCUUGCUCGGGUUACCCAUUGACGGAGAGCCCGUUAUGUGUCCUGUAGGCCCUCCACCUGGACAGAGAUGGGAGACCAUCGUUGGUGAGGUAUUUGGACAGAUUCCUCCACCCGAGGCUUUCAAUAACUCGAGGCUACGGCUCACAUGGGUAGAGGGUCUCACUCCAGCGAGAUUACGUGAUGAUGCAGGCGUUGAGGAGAUCAGGCUUCACGCCAGGUGUUACUUGCUACAGUUGUUUGGGGGGUCACUGUUCACCGACCAUUCUGGUGGACUUAUACACUCCUCGUGGGUUCAUUUUGUUCGUGACCUGGAGGCGCUCGGAGGCUAUGCAUGGGGUCCAGCUGUUCUAGCUCGUCUAUACAGGGAGCUUUGCAAUGGUUGCAAAGCGAGUAUUAAGGAGGUAGCUGGAUGCCUUCUCUUACUGCAGCUAUGGGCAUGGGAGAGGUUGCCCACUCUUGCCCCUGUUCGGACCACUGUUCCAUUAGAGGAUGUUGCUUUUUGGGGGCAUCAGCUUCCAGGACCACAUGGAGCCAGGUGGCUUGUUGGACAUUCAUUCGUUGAGAGUGAUGGAAGCACUGUGACUACGUCUCGGGCGGCAUUGGAUGCGCUUGCUCCACAUGAGUUUAUUUGGGAGCCUUAUGCUGGGAUUCUUGAUACACUGCCAGACUAUUGUUUAGCCGGCCGUCAUCUCUGGCGCUUUCGCGGCCCCAUGAUAUGUGUUUACAUAGUCGAGCCACAUCAGCCGGACAGAGUUGCUAGACAGUUUGGCAUGAUACAGCGUAUUCCCGAUCAGCCACACUACUCCCACGAGCAUCACGUUAUGACGCUGAGGGGCCAGAAGGUCUUGGAUUAUGCAGUCGUACAUCAGCCCAGUAUGACACACUGGCAGCAUCGUCUGGAGCAUAUUUGGAUUGAUGACGUGAUUGAUGGUCAUGCUACAGUCCCAGAGUACAUGGAUUGGUACUUGCCUCGGACUGUGAGGUUCAUUAGUCAGUUGGGUGCACUGCAUACCCACCUGGGAGUUGUGCUAGAGACUAUAGCAGCCAGGACAGCAGACGUCCUCCCGGAUAUGUCCCAACUAGCCACUCAGAGUCUGCACCAUCUCCGAGAUCGGAAUGCAUACAGGUUUGAUCCACGUCAAGUUGAGGAGCAGGAUGCUAGACAGGACGGGGGAGGGGAGGAUGCAGGUGUUAGAGGAGGCCGUGGUGGUGGCAGGAGAGGCCGUGGUGGUGCCGAGAGAGGCCGUGCUCGUGGCAGAGGAGGCCGUGCUCGUGGCGAUGGAGGCCGAGGCAGUGGACGGUUAGUUGAUGAGCCGGAUGAUGAUGCUGAUCAUGCGGAUCAUAUAGGUACAGGCGAGGAUCGAGGCCCAGAGUCUUCUGCUACUGCUGCUACAGCUACUGUUGCUGAUGCUUCUGCUGCUGCUGCCACAGCUACUGCUACUGUAGCCGAGGCUUCUACUCGCCCUGCUGCUGCUGCCGCUGCAGCUACUACUACCGGUGCCGGUGACUGGUGGCCUAGUUUUUCUCUAGGCCUAAGUUUGCCUUCACAGCCAGUACCUGAGCAGCAGACUUCUCAGAUGCCAGAUACCAGUACAGACCAGCCUCCUCCUGUUGUGCAGCGUCAGCACAGGAUUCGGCCUUGGCAUGGUACACCAGAGGUACCCCCUUUUGACUUGGGCAGCUCUUCACAGUCUACACAGUCUACGCAGCCUAGUCAGGCUGCUACGUCUACGCAGCCUAGUCAGCCUGCUACGCAGCCUAGUCAGCCUGCUACGCAGCCUAGUGUACCCCCUUUUGACGUCUUUUAUGUUCGACGGUCAAAGAGGGCUAAGAAGGUUCCUGACUGUGGUACUGGUUCACAUAGGGGAUGAUGAUAUUUGUCGGUUUUUGAUGACAUUCUAGUUAUAGGAUGCUGAACU